UGUUGCAGGCUUGCAGACCUGGGAAGCUACAUCGCCAAUUUGACAUCAAGCCAUAUGCCCAUAUUCAGGUGACUUUAUUCCCUGUAUUGACUAUUCUUCUGCGAUUGUUUAGUGACAUGUCUUCUAAAAAAUGUUUAUCAGUGAGAAAGGGAAGUGAAAAAAAAUAGAGAUGAACUGGUAGGAUCUCAGAAAGGUUUAUUGACAAUUUUUUAGAACCGGUAGUUCUUCGAAGAACUUAAAGUGUUCAGAAGUAUAUUUGGCUUUUUACUUGACUCAAAAGACUUGAAGUUAUUGAAUGAUAUUGAAUUACACAAAUGUUGUGCUAAAUUUGUAAAAACUGCCAUUGCGUGCUAUGGAAAUUCUUGAGUUUGUUAGAGACAUUGACAAGGUUUUCAUACUUAGAAGAGCGAGAUGAUGGUCUCUUUGUGGUACUUAGAAGAGCGAUCUAGAACUAUAUUCUUUCCAUACUAUUAUGAUGUAGUUCUCUGGAUCAUUACAAAUAAAUAAUGUGUGGCAUGUGUUUUCUAGUUCAAAGACCAUCAUAUGAUAUGUACUGAAUUGCUUUCAAAAUACAAUAUAUUCAGAAUUUUUUAUUGUCCAGAAAGGCCCCAUUUUGUUGUCUUGCCCCAGGGCCCCGGAUAUGUAUGGACCGGCCCUGCAUUGAUCGAUCGGAAACGGAGAUGGAGCUGCUGUCCGAUUGCCCCGUGCACACCUCCGUGCCGGACAAGUACGUGUUGCCCCCGGAGAAGCGCCCUUCGCUCCUCAACGACGAGCCCAGCUCCGAUGUCGCCAUACCGGUCAUCGACCUCCACCGCGCCGCCGACGACCGCCAGCGCCACCUGAUCGUCGCCGAGAUCAUCAAGGCCUGCAAGGAGUUCGGCAUCUUCCAGGUGGUGAACCACGGCGUGGCGGAGGACGUGGUGCAGGGGUUCCGGGAGGCGGCGGCGGGGUUCUUCGGGAUGCCGGCGGAGGAGAAGCUGCCGUACCGCUCCGAUGACCUGAGCAAGCACUUCCGCGUGUCCUCCAGCACCCCCUAUGACCGGAACGGGGACCGCUAUUGGCUCGACUACCUCAAGAUCAACUGCCACCCGGUCACCGACGAGCACGUCCGAGAGUGGCCGGAAAAGCCGGCAAGCUUCAGGAGCUCCCUCGCCGAGUACUCCGCGGCGGUGCACGAGCUUGCACAGACGCUGCUCCGGCUCAUCGCAGAGGGGCUCGGCCUCGACGGUGGAUUCUUCGCCGGCGACCUCAGCGGCGGCAGCACCCAGAUGAACGUCAACUACUACCCGCCGUGCCCGGACCCAAGCCUCACGCUGGGCCUCCUCCCGCACUGUGACCGCCACCUCCUCACCGUGCUCUCGCAGGGCGACGUCGCCGGGCUGCAGGCAAGGCACGGCGGGGGGUGGCUCCUCGUCCGCCCGAUCCCAGGCUCCUUCGUCGUCAACCUGGGCCGCCAGAUGGAGAUCAUCACCAACGGGCUCCUGGCCAGCGUGGAGCACCGCGCCGUGACGAACACCGCCGCGGUGAGGCUGUCGGUGGUGACCCUCAUCAUGCGCAAGAUGGAGUGCCGCAUCGGGCCGGCCCCGGAGAUGGUGAACGAGGCGACGGGACCGGCGAAGUUCAAGGAGUUCGAGUUCAGCGAGUUCAUCAAGGCCUACAGCGCCGCCGCCGCCAGCAGGGAGGACGUGCUCCACUACUUCAGGAUCCACCGCUAGCUAGCUCAGGCGCAGCGCGAAACGAGGACCCGUCGCGCGUGCGUGCGUGGGCAAGGCCGAAGAGCACAGGGUUGGGAGCCCUUUACCUCUGCAGUUUGCUUAAAAGUCGCUGUGAACUAUUGAUCUGUAUGUGGCUGUGAUGGAUGCCAAUAGUUCGUGCACCCAUUUUUGCCCAGUCGGCGGCUGCUGGAUGGCAUCAGUUCUGAUUGCCUUCGGUAUGGACCCACUCAUGCAAUAAGGGAGUAGACAAUUGUUGGUUGUGCUUCCAACCUUGCUCUAAAUAUGUUCCAUGAUCAGGUAACACUUAUUAAUGGGUACA